AUGAUAGGAGAUUCUCCAUAUUUUCUAAAUCAUAUUGAUCUAAUUGUUUCAUUCCUCAGAUUACCUGGUGCCCUGAAAGUAUUUAAGAAAUUAGAAAGUUUUACUUUCAUGAUAAUAGUUGAUGAACUAAAUCGUCCAUUAUAUGAAUUAUUAAAUUUAUCUUGCGAUAUUUAUCCAGAGAACAAUCCAGUGUUUUCGGCUAUCUUUAGUCAAAAAGAAACAUUAAAGAAACUUAGUUUAAAGCAAUUAAGUGAUGAUAGUUUAAGAAAUUUUUUUGAAGGAUGGUGUUGUAAAGGAGGAGGAGGAAAUAAAAAGAUUAUCGUAAAACGUAUAGAAGACGCGCAAGAAUUUACAUUAAGUGAAUAUCAAGUUAAAGUUAUUGAAGAAUAUGAGAAUACGGAGUUCAAUUUGAUAUAA